AUCAAGUGAGAUGCGGAUUUGUGGUCGAUCGUUGUAUGGUGGCUCUUGCACGAACGAACGAAGGAAUUGUUGAAUAGCGUCGUCGGGAUUACGAUUUCUCGUCGAGGACGCGGCAUAUUUAUGUGUCACCGAGGCUGCCGGCGGACACGAAGCCUUUAAUUAAGUACAAACGGACGCAGCACAAGAAAAUCGAGUAUGAGGCGCAAGAGUGAAAGAAAUAAAGCAAAGGGAUCUCCAGAGAAGAAAAUUGAGAAACCAACGAGGAAGUCAAUGCGUAGACGUAAGAAAUCGCCUUCCACUUCGCCUUCUAAACAAGAUAAUUUUGUCGAAGAUGCGCCUGAAAGCACCGCUCCACUCAAAGAAAUUGAGAAGGAAACAAGCGUACAAACGCGCUUACAAAGUAAAGAAUUGGAACAGACGCCACAUGGGCACGAAGAAAAAGUGUCGUCUACUGAGAAAGACGUGAAGGCAGACUCACCAGAAAAUGAGGAGGAUAAUGGCGGCUCUGUGUGGAAAGUAGCGAGGGCGGAUGCAUCACCUGGCGAGAUACAGAAAUUGAAACUAUGUAGGCAGCGCAACACAUCAGAAGCAUCAUCAGAUACAGCAUCUUCUAGUAGGAAAAGUGUUAAGUCAAGUAGCAAGUGGCAAGAAAGUGGUGAGGGCGUUGCAGAGGAGGCUGACUCGGCGGAUGAGCAACUGGUUUCUUGUACAAGAAUGCUUAGUAGCACUGAACAGCCGAACGAUCCCUCCUCUUCAUACCCAGGUCAGGACUCCAACGAAGAGGUAAGUGAUAGCAAGGAGAUCCUGCCUGAAACCACUUCAGUCAACUUGUUGUCUGACGAUAAACCAAACAUAGAUCAGCAUGGUGAAUCAAAUGAGGCAAAUUGCGCUGCCCAAAUCAUUGAUAGCGAAUCUGGUAGCACGAAACCGGGUAGCACGACAACCGCGCUGACUCCUAGUGCAGACAGCGAUUAUCUUUGCGAGAAGCCAGCUGCUGCUGUCACCGUUCAGGAAGAGAAGUCUGUGGAAGAUAUCAACGAAAAAUCAACAGAAAUAUUCAGUCAUGAGACUAAUGUGGAAAAUGUCCAUAAAGAUACUAGUAGUGAGGAUGAGGAAGAUGAUAAAGCGAAAACUCAUCGUCCAGUAGACUCAUCGUCUGAUUCUAACGAUGAGUCGCGUCCUAAAAGAAGAACAAGUAGCGACCGAACAUCGCCACGUGCGAUUCGCAGAAAACAUCGAAACAAAUAUGGAGAUUCAUCUAAUUCUGAUACACCUGAUUCCGAAGAUGAAACUGUUGAUAGUAAAGUCUCCAAACCUUAUGUCGAGGAGGAGGAAGAGGAAGAGGAUGAGAAACCAACUACAGAGUAUUCACAAGAAAAUGAUAAGGAACGAUCGGUCUCGCCGGAAAGAACAAACUCUCACUCAAACAAUGUAGAGAAAAUGGAGGUUGAGCAGUGUGAAACUGUGCAGGAUAAAUCAGAGGAAAAUACAACUGAAAAAUCGGAACAAACUGCACCAGUCGGUACUCAGACGAUCGCUCAUAAGCCAGUGAAAGUCAACUUGAAGAGAUCAUUUUCAACAAGGAUAUUAUCUGAAAAGAACGAAAUGAAAAGAGACGACACUGAUACAAACGUCGACAAUGAAUCCAAUAGUCAAAAUAAGGAAAACGGCAACGAACAAGAACCUAAAUGUGUGCCAAGGAAACGGCGAUGGGGAACCGCGCUUUCUACAGAUACUGCACCUUCAUUCUCUAUCUCGACAGAUUCACUCAAAGCAUUGGUACCGGGUGCAAAACCAUUAUCUAUCAAUGAAGUUCGUCUCUCGAAAGAUGACGACGAGGAUAAAGAUCGUCAUAGAAGUAAUGACAAACGGCACAAUUCUAAUGACAGUACAAAUGAUAAUAAAAUAACAGACGAAAAUUUACAGAAGAAUGGCACUGCUAAAAAAGGCAAUGGAAAAACAGAUAAUCACAUUGCGACAAGGCGGAAGAUAUCGAUCGUGAAAGAAAUGCCACAUAUAAAAUCACCGAGUCCACCUACGUCUAAACCUACUAAUAUUCUUCUGAUUAAGAAUCUAGUUCGCCCUUUUACAUUAAAUCAGAUUAAGGAACUUCUUUCGCGUACUGGCACUAUUGUGGAGAACGGAUUUUGGAUGGAUCGGAUUAAGUCCAAAUGCAUUGUUGAGUAUUCCAAUGAGGAUCAGGCUUUUGAGACAAGACAGGCACUUCACGGAAUUUCUUGGCCUAUGUCGAAUCCAAAGAAGCUCCAUGUGGAAUAUGCCACAAAGGAGGACAUGGAGGCUGCACGGGAAUCAUCCAAGGAACAACCAGUCGCUCGCAAAGCCGAGCCGCUUUCGUCGGAUCCAUGGCAACAGGAUUGGAGUCGCGACGAAAAGAUCAAUACAACUAAAGUGACUGUAGUGAGAGAAUGGGAUUUAGGUAAAGAGGAUGGCCAACAGCACAUCAGGGAGAAGGAACGUGAGAAAAAGGAACACGACAAAAAGCGACGAGCGAGAAGUCGGAGCCCUGCAUUGGAUGCGCAUUUAUCGGCACCAGCUCGUAAAUUCAAGAAGAAGGAGGAUGAUCCGCCGCCAGCCAAGCUCCUGGAUGAUCUCUUCAGAAAGACGAAGGCGACACCUUGCAUAUAUUGGCUGCCACUUACGAAUGAGCAAAUAGUCGUCAAGGAAGAAAUGCGACGGCAACACAUGGCCGAACACGCGCGCAGAUUAGAAGAGAUGAGACGUGCUGACAGAAAUAGAGAUGGCCGGCGUCGACGUAGUCCGAGAAAAUAGAGAAGAUAAAUGUAUCAUCGGCAACGAUAAACGUCAACAUUUAUCUAUCCUACAGAGAGCCAAUAAUUAGAUCAGACAUGGUGUAGUGAUACUGUGUAUUGCAUCGACCACAACAGGUGAUACUGAUUUAUGAUCUCUACGUCAUAUUAAGAUCAUAUGUGAGAGACAUCUACUCGCAAGUAUCCACAUGAAACAUUUUACAACGUGGGAAGCUCUUUGAAGAAAAUAGACGAGACACAUGUCGAAUGUGAAAUGGACUUGACAUGAUUGACUAAUUUUUGUUUCUUCGUUCUAUUGUUAUUUUCUUUUUUUUACAAAUUAAACAUUGACAAGUUUAUUUGGAUCGAUAUGACGCAAUCUGGUUGGAAAAUAUUGCCGCUCGAACUAUAGAAGAACAUUGUUGUGAAGACGUCUCGAAUAUCGUUUGACGAAUGAAAAAGAAACUGUUUCUGCAUUAAAAAAAAUAUUCUUCUUCAUAGUCUAUUUCGAUCUCAGCGAGCUCAACGACUACCAACCAUUCAAUUUUGAUAGUGGCUACACUUGAAAACAUCGCGUCAGUGUUUUAAUUGUGCGAUAGACUAGCGCAGAACGAAGACAUAUAUGUAAAUAUAACCGAUAUUCCAUAGUGUGACACAUGUAAAAUUAUUAAUAAAUCUUAAACAAAAAAAAGAGAAUAUACUACUAGGAUAUAUAGAAAUA